AUGAACUGCAAGCAGCAUCUUGGCACGGUGCCUCUGCUCUUUGUUUUAAUCCUGAGUUUUCAUUUGCAAGGCACGGCCUCCAGAUGCAUUGACACGUCGUUUGGGCAAGAUCUUCAGCCACUGCCACCAGGGGUGGAGAGAUGCUCUUUUCCAACAGGGCUCCUCAAGCCAGAUGUCUUACCACCUGGGCAGGGAGGCAACAGCAUUGAAGGGAGAGACUCCCGGAUAGUGGGUGGCAGGCCUGUCACAUCCGGGGAUUAUGGAGGAGGUUCUUCUGCAGCCCAUUCCCAAGAACACAAUGAAAUUCAGUCUGGCAGGCCAAGCGGACCUUGGCACUCUGGCAAACCAAUGGGGCCUAUCUUUGGAGGAGGUCCUGCUCAGAAUGGCAACGCAAAAGAUCCUAGACCAUAUGGCCUUGGGGGCGAUGCUGGACAACAUGAAGGUGGCACUCCUGGAGGGUCACCUUCUGGAUUUAGGAUCAGAUACAACACCCGUGAAGGUCACCCAAGGCCAGUAUGGAAGGAUCCUGGUAUCCCCUAUAUUCCAACACCUCAGGAAUGGGGGGGAAGCUAUAUCCCAGCAUCAAAGGUGUCCCCUCAGUAUAGACCCAGUGUACCAUAUGGUGGUGAUGCAGGUUCCUAUGAUUCAGGCCAACAGUAUUCUCCAACCUAUGAUGGGAAAUCCAUUGCAUCUGGUCCAAGGGGGAGAGAUGAUGGCAGUUAUGGCCCCAUACCUGAGGCUUUGCAGCCAGGUGGACAGCAGGGGAGAGACAGUAUACCUCCUAAAAACCCUUGUAUUCCAAACUGUUAA